AUGGGUGUGAACGGCCUCUGGACCGUCCUCCAACCGUGCGCCCGCCCAACCAACCUGUCCACCCUCAACCGCAAGCGCCUGGCCAUCGACGCCUCCAUCUGGAUCUACCAAUUCCUCAAAGCCGUCCGCGACAAAGAAGGCAACGCUCUUCGCAACUCCCACGUCGUCGGUUUCUUCCGUCGAAUAUGCAAACUUCUCUGGUACGGCAUCAAGCCGGUGUUCGUCUUCGAUGGCGGUGCUCCCGCCCUCAAGCGCGCCACCAUCCAAGCCCGUCGGCGCAGACGAGAGGGGAGACGCGAUGAUGCCACAAGGACAGCAGGAAAACUGUUAGCGGUGCAAAUGCAUCGUAUGGCCGAGGAGGAGGAAGAAAGAAGGCGAAAGAAGGCAGAGGCUCGAGAAGGCAAAAGGACAACAGCAGCAGCAGCAGCAGCAGCAACAACAGAAGAGGAAGAAGAGCAGGAAGUACUCCCAGACAUGGACACAAUCGUCUACGCCGAUGAACUAGGCAUGUCCCAAACCGAACGUCAAAAAUCUCGCCGUUUUCACAAACAAGACGCUUACCACCUCCCCGACCUCACCAGCUCCAUCGAAGGCAUGGGCAAGCCCGACGACCCACGCAUCAUGUCCGUCGAAGAACUCGAAGAGUACGCUAGGCAAUUCGAAAACGGAGAGGACAUAAACCUGUACGAUUUCAGCAAGAUCGAUUUCGACGGCGAGUUUUUUAAGAGCUUGCCGCCCGCCGAUCGGUACAAUAUCCUGAACGCGGCUAGACUAAGAAGUAGACUGCGAAUGGGCCUGAGUAAAGAGCAGUUGGACGUCAUGUUCCCUAACAGGAUGGAUUUCAGCCGGUUCCAGAUUGAGCGGGUCAAAGAGCGGAAUCAUUUGACUCAAAGACUGAUGUACGAGAUGGGUAUGACGGGGCUGGAUCUGACGCUGGCGGUGAACGCGACAAGGGUGGCGGGGGAUCAGAAUCGGGAGUAUAUCCUGGUGAAGAAUGAGGGUGCUGAGGGAGGGUAUGCGUUGGGUGUGGUGAGUAAAGAGAAGGAUAAAGGACAGGUGACGAAUCCUAUUGAUGUUGAUGAGCUGGAGUUUCAGUUUCAGGGGAUGGGAGAUGAAGAGGAGGAUGAGGAUGAGGAUGUCGAGUUUGAGGAUGUGCCGAUUGAAGGGCUCAAUCGGUUGCCCAAGUUGAGUAGGGCUGCUGGUGAAAGAGCCAGGGGUGCUGCGGAUGCGAGAAGGCAGUUUUAUGAGUCGAGGCAGAGUGAAGAGGUGGAAGAUGAAGAUGAUGAGGCGUUGUUCGUCGAUAACCCACAAGAUGCUGUGUUUGGAGAGGAGGAUGGGAUACAAGCUGAUGAGGAGGAAGACCUCAAUAGGGCUAUUGCCAUGUCUCUUCAGAAUCAGCAUGGUGUCGGUCUGCAGCCAGAAAAGGAAGAUGAGGACAUGGAGUUUGAAGAGGUUACUGCUCCCCAGUGGACACAGAAAGCAGUGGAAGCACCCAAGCCUAUUGUGAGCACCAGUGGUCGCAUGGUUGCACAUAUCGUCAACAAUAGGGCGAGUGCUGCCGUUCCAAGGCGAAGGGAGAGUACCGACAGCAGCGAUAGUGAAGGGGAUAUCCAGGCAGCCAUGGCGGCAGCUAGGAGGAAGCAAGCAAAGGCGCCGGCACCAAAGCCGGUGGUCGAAAAUCGCCCUGUUCCCGCCAAUACUCCCUUUAAAGGUCCACUUCCAUUUGAGAAACUGGACUGGAAGAGCCUUCUCGGCGGCAGUCGACCAAAAGCACAGCCUCAGGAGAAGAAGGUUUGUGAACCUCCCAAGCCUGUUGAGACUGGUGCGAUGGAACCUGAUUCGGAGGACGAAGCUGGCGGUUUUGAGAGAGAACCCGAAGAAGCCCAGAAAAAGAAGGAUGCUCCUCUUCCAUUACCGCCAUGGCUAGCAAAUACUGAUGAGGAUAUCCGCGAGACUGUUCGAAAACAGCGGGAGCACGAUAGGAAAAUGGCUGAGGAGGAUGAAGACUUGGCUCGUGAAGAACAGGCCAGAAUUCGAAAGCAACGAGAGGACGACAUCAUGUUUAUUGAGUCAUCGGACGAAGAUGACGGUGAUUUGGAAAUCCUCGAUGCUCCUCCAUCACCAAAGAAGCCCACUCAGAUGCCAGGUGCUAGUCUACCCUCCCUGAAUGACAACCAAGAACCCGAAAAAGCCCGCCGAUCACCCACCCCCAACGAAGAAGAAGGCGACGACAUCAUAUUCGAAGACGCAACCCUUCCUUCACAAACCAUGACCCUCACCUUUGGCCCACCCACAACCCAAGCCGAAGAAGACGCCCAAAUCGAGGCCGACCUCUUCAAAGACGUCCUCCCUCCUUCCGCCCAUCAAGAACGAGUCGAAGGUUUGGCAGCUGUUCCGGACGACACCACCACUGACAUCAUCCCCGACCCCGACGCACCCGCCCUCUCCGAAUUCGAAGACGACUUCAGCGACCCCGAAGAGCAAGAACUCCUCGCCUCUCUCGCCGCCGAAGCCGAAGAGCACGCGCGCUUCGCCACCGAGCUCAACCCGGCCAGCUCCAAGUCCUUGCAAGAAAACCAAGCCGCCUACGAAGCCGAACUCAAAGCCUUACGUUCUCAACAACGCAAAGACCGUCGCGACGCCGAUGAAGUCACGCAAAUAAUGAUCACAGAAUGCCAAGCCCUCCUCCGCUUCUUCGGGAUCCCUUACAUCACCGCGCCCAUGGAAGCCGAAGCGCAAUGCGCCGAGCUCGUCCGUUUAGGUCUGGUCGAUGGGAUUGUCACCGAUGACAGCGACACGUUCCUAUUUGGCGGCACGAGGGUGUACAAAAAUAUGUUCAACGGGAAUAAAUUUGUCGAGUGUUAUUUGUUGAAUGACAUAGAAAAGGAGUUGUCGUUGGGGAGGGAGCAGCUUAUUGCCUUGGCCCAGCUUUUGGGCAGCGACUAUACAGAAGGUCUACCGGGUGUUGGGCCGGUUACGGCUGUGGAGAUAUUAUCCGAGUUCCCACCAUCCAGUGAAUCAGGGCCGAUGUCUUCUCUAAAGGACUUCAAACAAUGGUGGACAACCCUCCAAUCAACCCCCCACCCUGACGCCUCCUUACUCAACACCCCAUUCAGACGCAAAUUCCGUAAAUCCCACCUCACAAAGUUAUUCCUCCCCCUCAACUUCCCCAGUCCCGCAGUCUUCGAAGCCUAUCUUCGUCCUGAGGUGGACAGUACACCUGACCCCUUCCAGUGGGGCGUUCCGGACUUGGAAGGGCUGAGACAGUACUUGAUGCAAACGAUUGGAUGGAGUCCGGAGAGAACGGAUGAGGUGUUAGUGCCGGUUAUUAGGGAUAUGAAUAGACGGGAGAGGGAGGGGACGCAGAGUAAUAUUACGAGGUUUUUUGAGGGGGGUAUUGGGAGUGGGACCGUGAGGACGGUUGGGAGGAAUUUGGGUGGCGAUGGGAACAAAGGAGGUGCGGCUGGUGAGGAUGUUUAUGCGCCUAGGGAAAGUAAUAAGAGUAAAGGAAGUAAAAGGAUGGCGGAGGCGGUGGGGAGGUUGAAAUCUCGCAGCAAGGUUGGCGGUUCGGGGUUAUCUACUGCUUUGCCGGUGAUGGUUAUGGGGCCGUUGGAUGGAGAGGGGGAUGGAGGUAAUAAGAAGAAACGGAAGAGAGGGAAGAAGACUGCCGCGCAGGACAACGAAGAGGUUCAGGCAGAGGCGGAGGAUGAUGUUGAGCGGGAUGGAGAGCAAGACGAAGAUGAAGACGAGGAGGAUGAUGUCGUGGCUUCAAGCUCCAGGGGAAGGAGAGGCACGGGUAGAGGAAGGGGGAGGGGCCGUGGGAAGAGGGCAAGAGCGUAG